AUGUGGCGUUUACUUUUAUUCAGCAUCCUAAUUGCAUCCACACAUAGCGCGCCCGAAACGCCACUUUGUCCAGAUGGUGGUGAGCCGGUGUGCGCGAAGAGUGGCUUUGAAUUCAUUUACUUCGAGAACGAAUGUAAAUUGAAUGUUUUUAGCUAUAAAGAGCUUUUUGCUGGCCGCCCAAGUCCCACUAGAGUGUCGCUGGUGGAAUGCUUCUCUAAUUGCGCUGGAAUCGUAUGCCCCGCUAUAUUCCAGCCAGUUUGCGCUCAGCAAGUGCCAACAGGUGCCGUGCAAACAGUGUCCAAUGCCUGCCUAGUGAAUCAGCUGAUUUGUCAGACGCGACAACAAUGGGUAAUCAUCGCCAAUGGUGCAUGUCCAGAUACUUCAGCACCCAACCAGGGCUAUUUUGUAUCUUCCGGCACUGAUACGGUGCCGCCAGUGGGUCCUUACUCGCCAGUUCCUGCACCUGCGCCGGCCCCUACCCAAAGUUACGAGCCUAAAGCCACAUAUGAACCAACAGCAGCGCCAGCAGCAACAUAUUAUUCACCACAAACGCCAGCAGCACCUGCUGAACCCGCACCGACCACAAGCUACAACGCUCCGAACUCUCAAACGUGUGCUGCAGAUUACUCAGCUUUGGCACCAGAAUCAGUUCCUUCCGGUUCUUACGCUUCCCCAGCAUCUGUUGAACCCGUCCCGCCCACAAGCUAUGACGCUCCGGAGCCUCAAACUUGUGCUGCUGAUUACUCAGCUUUGGCACCAGAACCAGUUCCUGCCGAUUCUUACGCUGCACCAGCGCAAGACUCUUAUGCAGCACCGAGCCAAACUUUACCGACUGUUCCGUCACCUUACUCACCACCAGCAGCGUCUGACUCUUAUAUUACAGCAGCUCAAAGUCCAUCGCCUGGUUCCAAUUCUUAUUUAGCCACCGGUGUAGAUCCUGCUCCAUUCGCUUACCCACCUUCCGAUUAUGUUGCGGCGCCAGCGACUUUGCCAACCGCAAACACAUGCCAAGCUUCUUACAGUCAAGAACCAGCACCAGGAUAUGCUUCAAUACCUGCAGUAGAUUCAUACGCUGAUCCAUCUGCAGCCAUAUCUUCAUCGAAUUACGCAGCACCUGCGCCAACUUCAGUCCCAGCCACUUACGAUUCUGCUCCAUUAUCUUAUUCUACGGCCGGAGCAGUCCCGGCUCCGGCACCACCAGCAUAUCAGGACACCUAUCAACAAUCUCCUUCUGAUUAUGUAUUAACUGCACAGAGUCAAACGGCUUAUUCUGCAGUAGCACCAGCGCCAGUCUCUUACGAACCAGCGCCACUACCUUGCUCUGCAUCCGUUCCCGCUUUGGCACCAUCAGUAUAUCAGGAACCUCCUCAACAAUCUCCAUCCGUCUAUGCAUCCCCUGCACCGAAUCCAAUGGCUUAUCCUGCACCAGCGCCAGUCACUUACGAACCAGCGCCACUACCUUGCUUUACAUCCGAAAUUGUUCCUGGUCAAGCGCCAUCACCAUAUCCAGAUUCGUCUCAACAAUCUCAAUCUGCCUAUGCAUCACCUGCACCCAGUUCAACUGCGAAUCCUGCCCCAGCACCAGCCCCAGUUCCGGCCACUUACGAACCAGCUUUGCCACCAUCACCUUAUCAGGACGCUCAAUCUCCAACCGUCUAUGCAUCACCUGCACCGAGUCCAACGGCUUAUCUUGCACCAGCACCAGCCCCAGCCUCAUACGAUCCUACUCCAUUACCUUGCUCUGAAUCCGAAGCAGUUCCUGCUCUGGCCCCACCAGCAUAUCAGGAUUCCUAUCAACAAUCGUCAUCUGCUUAUGCAUCACCUGCACCGAGUCAAACUACUUAUCCUGCACCAGCACCAGCACCUACUUCAACUUCUUAUGGAAACCGCGAUUAUGCGGUAGAAACUCCAUCCACUUGCUCAUCAUCGAGUCAGUACCCCGCCGUUUCAGCUAAUCAAGAGCCAAAUUCAUAUGCCGCACCUAGUCAACCCGCAUAUUCAGAAGCUAAUCCAAACCCAGCCGCGGCGGUACCAUCCUCCUACAGUGUUCCAGCUCCUGCUCCUUACUCAGCCUCUGAUCAAUAUACGGCACCAGAAUCAAACUCUUACGCGUCCACAAACCAAAAUUCUAUACCUGGUUCCAAUUCUUACCCCUAUCCUAGUCCAGCCCCAGCCACAGAUCUGAGCGUAUACUCUGCUCCUACGCCGUCAGUAAGUCCCUACACAGCGGAAUAUCCAUUACCCGCUCCUGUGGCCUUACCAGCUCCUGCAACGGAUCCUGCUAAUUACUCGCCGACAUCAGCUUACUCGCCGACACCAUCGCCUGCAUGUACGUGCUCAUCAAAUCCAGCGCAAUCUGUUCCUUGGUGGCCUUCACAAUCGAAAAUUGCGUCGCUUAAAUACGAUAUUCCUGCGAUUAUUGGAGGUCAACAAGAUAUUUCGGAGGCAUAUACACCAGACAUCGCUGCUUUAAUUUCGAAAUGGAUUGAUAGUAAUCCCCUGAUAUCAAAGAAUGGCUUGCAGUCUCUUGCUCCCUUUUAUUAUCAGCCCACUUAUACACUCAUCGAAUAUAGAGGUUCGAAAGGUCCACGUUCAUAUUAAAAGAUGACUUAAAGAGUGACCUGAAGUUUAGCCUAAAUUAAUUUCCAAUGUGAUUCUUGUAUGAAUGUGUGCAUGUAGUUGUAAGACCAUCCCCGACCCAUUGAAAUUGUUUAUAUAUACUAUAAUAGUUAUUCCUUAAAUAUA